UUCUAGCUCCCACGCAGCAGAAUCUUUGCAGAGGAAGCAGAGCAGCGCCGGCGCCCACUGCCGUGGUAAUUUCGGGCCACUUUUUGACAGUCGGAAUCAGGGAGACCAAACGGUCAUUGAACACCGGCGAUGGAGCUCACCCAUGGCGAUUCUCUCCGGCGUGUGCUCCGGGCCGUCUCUCUCAUUCUUGCCUCCACCGUCUUGUCCGAGGUCGUCUCAGCUGCGGCUACCCGGGCGGACUUUCCGGAGGGGUUCGUCUUCGGCGCCGGCACAUCGGCUUACCAGGUUGAAGGCGCGUGGGCAGAGGAUGGCAAGAAGGCGAGCGUCUGGGACACAUUCACGCACGACGGCUAUUCCAUCGACCAUGCGACUGGAGAUGUGGCUGCGGACCAGUAUCACAAGUACAAGGAAGAUGUGAAACUAAUGCAUGACAUGGGUCUGGACGCCUACAGGUUCUCCAUUGCCUGGUCAAGGCUUAUUCCAGAUGGGCGAGGAGCUGUGAAUCCCAAGGGGUUGGAGUACUACAACAAUCUGAUCAAUGAACUCUUAAGCUAUGGUAUACAGCCUCACGCAACGAUCUAUCACUUCGACCUUCCCCAAGCUCUUCAAGAUGAAUACAAUGGCUUGCUCAGUCCAAGAAUCAUCGACGAUUUCACGGCGUACGCAGACGUGUGCUUCAGCAGCUUCGGCGACAGGGUGCAGCACUGGACCACCGUCAACGAGCCAAACAUCGAGCCCAUCGGCGGGUACGACCAGGGAUACCUCCCGCCGCGGCGGUGCUCCUACCCGUUUGGGUUCGACGCCGUCCCCUGCACCGGUGGCAAUUCCACGACGGAGCCGUACAUCGUUGCUCACCACCUUCUGCUCGCCCACACCUCCGCUGUGUCCCUCUACAGACGCAAAUACCAGGCUGAGCAAAGAGGGCAGAUUGGACUCACAUUGCUGGCCUAUUGGUACGAGUCGGAGACGGAGAAACCUGAGGAUCGAGAAGCAGCUGCAAGGGCAAAUGACUUCUCAAUUGGAUGGUUCAUGCAUCCUUUGGUGUACGGCGACUAUCCACCGGUGAUGAGGAGGAACGUCGGGUCCAGGCUGCCGGAGUUGACGCCAGAUGAGUCGGCAAGGGUGCGCGGCUCAUUCGAUUUUGUGGGGAUCAACCAGUACGGUGCCAUCCUCGUUGAGGCGGACCUGAGCCAGCUGAAACGCAAGCUCAGAGAUUAUUACGGUGACACGGCCGCCAAAUUUGUCACACCACCAUUUCAGAGCUCAACAAGGAACCAGCUGAGAAGCCGUGAGGCUCCAUGGGGGCUGAGCAAAAUGCUGGAGCACCUGCGGACCAAGUACGAGAACCCUCCGGUGGUCAUCUACGAAAACGGAGUUGGGCACGAGCCAGACCCUUCAGGCGAGUUCAUGUACGAGGACGAGUUCAGGGCGCAUUUCCUGCAGGUGUACAUCGAAGCGGCGCUGUCUUCCAUGAGGAACGGCUCCGACGUGCGCGGCUACUUCGUGUGGUCGUUCCUCGACGUCUUCGAGAUUCUGUUCGCCUACAGGUUCCGCUUCGGCCUCUACGGCGUCGACUUCGGGGACGAGCAGCGGACGAGGUAUGCCCGGAGCUCUGCGAGGUGGUACGCCAGCUUCCUCCAUGGCGGCGAGCUUAGGCCGGUGGCGACUAGCGGAGACAGAGCCGGCUUCUACUCUGAAUGAUGGAUGAGCAAGCACCGGUGAUGGACUACCGCCCUGAGCAGAGAGAACCGAACGCAACUUUUUUUUUUUAGAACCGAACGCAACUGAGUGGUGCAGCAUUAUUUGCGGACGCGAAAAUAACUACAGAGAGCAGAAAUAAAUAUGGAAAUAAAUAUUGUCAGAACAGCAAUGCUA